GAAAUGAAAAUCAAUCGGCUUGCUGUUGCUGUUGCUAGCGAACGAGUGAGCAAACGCGGACGUUGGAAGCAUGGUCUGGGGCAUUAACUCAACGGAAGAACAAAACACAAAGAAACCCCCCCUCUAACAGGGCCAGUGGGCGUUUUUGGAGCUUGUAGUUGGAGCCAACUGCAAUUCAGCAACCCAUAUGUUCAAGGGCGAAGCUCAAUCGAGUGAGGGGAGAUACGAUAACCACAUCACGUUACAGCGAGGACAAAGUCAAGAUGGUGCAAUUGGAGCUCGCUUCUAAUAAGGUUUUGAGCUGGUCUUGGUUAUAAAUCUGCGGUGGGGAGAUGGAAGGAAGCCCCUCGUCAGGCACGCAGGAUGGGCUGCUCUCGGCCAAUAGCGCGGAGUCUUCAGGUGCUCACGGAAAACACCUCAACGACGACACAGAGCGGAGCUGCAGUCCGUCGGUACUGAGCUAUGUGAAGAGCAGCUGGAAGGAGGGGCUCCUGAGCAGGAAGAGGCCGUUCGUGGGGAGGUGCUGCCACUCCUGCACCCCUCAGAGUCAGGAGAGGUUCUUUAACCCCAGUAUUCCAUCUCUCGGACUCCGUAAUGUGAUCUACAUCAAUGAAACGCACACGAGGCAUCGUGGCUGGCUUGCGCGGCGGCUCAGCUACGUGCUGUUUGUUCUCGAGCGAGACGUGCAGAAGGACAUGUUCGCUCGGAACGUGGUGGAGAACGUGCUGAAGAACAGCAAGGUGGAGAGUGCCAUUGUGGAGGUGGCGCUGGACGACGAGGGGGUGGAGCGAGGCCACGAGGCGGACCAGAAGGCCGUGCAGAAGGUCCAGAGGAAGGCCCGGAACGUCCUGCAGGAGAUGGUGGCCAACAUUUCACCCGGCCUCGUCAGGCUGACUGGCUGGGUGCUGCUGAAGCUCUUCAACGGCUUCUUCUGGAGCAUCCAGAUCCACAAGGGCCAACUGGAGAUGGUGAAAAGGGCCGCAGAGAGCAACGUGCCCCUGGUGUUUCUGCCUGUGCAUAAGUCUCACAUUGACUACCUGCUCAUCACCUUCAUCCUCUUCUGCCACAACAUCAAAGCACCGCACAUCGCCGCCGGCAACAACCUCAACAUUCCCAUUUUUAGCACACUGAUCCGUAAGCUGGGCGGGUUCUUCAUACGCCGCAGGCUGGACGAGUUGUCCACCGGCAAGAAGGACGUCCUCUACCGGUCCCUCCUGCACGCGUAUACAGAGGAGUUGCUACGGCAACAGCAGUUUCUGGAGGUGUACCUGGAGGGGACUCGCUCCCGCAGUGGCAAGCCCUCGCCCGCGCGCGCAGGGAUGCUCUCCAUCGUCGUGGAUACGCUCUGCACCAGCAACAUCCCAGACGUGCUGAUUGUGCCUGUGGGCAUCGCCUAUGACCGCAUCAUCGAGGGCAACUACAACAGCGAGCAGCUGGGUAAGCCCAAGAAGAAUGAGAGUUUGUGGGGCGUGGCCUGUGGUGUGUUUAGAAUGCUGAGGAAGAACUACGGGUGUGUCCGCGUCGACUUCACCCAGCCCUUUUCUCUCAAAGAGUAUCUAGAUACUCAGCGAUGUCGCCAACUGCCUGCUCCUCUGACCCUAGAGCAGAUUCUCCUACCCACCAUCAUCGACGCACAAAAUGCUGGAGAUCAACCUGUAACAGAUUUAACCAGCAUUUGGCCAGAUGAGGGUCUGUUCCGUGAUGAAGAGCAGCCGGUGUCAAGAGACCUUCACGAUGAGGCCUGGAGGAGGCAGGUGAUCGCCAACCUGGCCAAGCACGUCCUCUACACGGCCAAUAAGUCCUCUGCGAUCAUGUCCACACAAAUCAUUGCCUGUCUUCUGCUCUACAGACACAGACAGGGUGUGGGUCUGUCUAGGCUGGUGGAGGACUUCUUCAGUAUGAAGGAGGAGGUUCUGUCUCGAGACUUUGACCUGGGUUUCUCCGGCAGCUCCGAGGACGUGGUGAUGCACGCCCUCCACCAGCUGGGCAACUGUGUUGCCCUCCGCAGCUCCGGUCGCCAUAGCGACGUCAUCAUCUCCCCCCGAGACAGCGUGCAUGCCCUCUUCGAGCUCAACUUCUACAGCAACGGCCUCUUCCAUGUGUUCAUCCCAGACGCCAUUAUAGCAUGCAGUGUGUUGUCGAUGUUACGGGAGCAGGCAGAAGAAGCCUCCGGAAGCGAUCACGGUGGCUCCACCCUGCUGAGCCAGGAGCGUCUGAUUCGCAAGGCGGCUGGUCUGUCACACUUCCUGUCCAAUGAGGUGGCUGUGGCACAGCCCUGUCAGACGCCCUAUCAGGUCUUCCAGGAGGCUGUCACCCGUCUCAUGCAAUAUGGAGUUCUGCUGGUGGCUGAGGAGGAUCAGGAGGAGUUGAGUCCCAGCCCCACGGAGGAGGUGUGGCCUAAGGCCUUCCCACCCACCUUGUCGUGGCGGAAUGAGGAGGAGGACGAGGACAGUGACUUUGGGGAAGAGCAGCGAGACCGCUACCUCAAGGUGAGCUCCUCGGGCGAGCAGCUGGAGUUCUUCUCGUUCCUGCAGCACCUGCUGAGUCCCGUUCUGGAGGCCUACAGCGGGGCGGCCAUCUUCAUCCACAGCCUGGCCGAGCCCGUCUCCGAGAGCGACUACACACAGCUGCUCUUCAAGUACCUGCUCACGCGCGCAGAGAAGGGCAUCGCCAUCUACGGGGAGAGUGCGACACAUUAUCUGGUGAAGAACACGGUGAAGACCUUCAAAGAGCUCGGGGUGCUGAAGGAGAGCCGGGAGAAUAAGGUGGCGUUUCUGGAGCUGACCAGCACCUUCCUACCUCAGGCCAACCGCAACAAGCUGUUGCACUACAUACAGGGCUUCAGUCUGCUGUAACACACACACACACACAAACAACGAGCUGUUGCACUACAUACAGGGCUUCAGUCUGCUGUAACACACACACACACACAAACAACGAGCUGUUGCACUACAUACAGGGCUUCAGUCUGCUGUAACACACACACACACACACACACACACACACACACACACACACACACACUGUACCCACAUAUAGAUGCAGCCAUGCCUACUCCAAUGGAGAGACAUAUUGUACAUAUUGAUACCCAUAGCGAAGGUGCACACAUAUAUAGAUAAAUACACACAUGUAUACACACCACACACACACACACACACCACACACACACACACACACACACACACACAGGCGCUCACUUGGACAUGGACUUCUCCCACCACCUGUUAAAGGGCUUGAACUGGCUUCUCUUAUUGGAUGAGGGGCUACUGUGAAGAAGUUAACCUGGACGUGCCUUCACACACACACACACACACACACACACACACGGUGAUCAAUAACACUUGAGCCAUUCAUCUCCCCCCCCUCAAAAAGACAGUUUGGAAGCUCAUCUACCCACAGACAAACACACACACACACACACACUGCAACCAUAGCCUUUCAGUUUGUUAGUGUAAGUCUAGUGGCAUUAAACGUGUUAUUUUCCUGUGGGAUUGUACCCCAUUUUGAGUUUAGUGGUACAACUGAUAACCUUAAGAGUCCAGCAUAAGAAUGUUCUUCACCUACCCAGAUGGCCCGGACUGCAGAACCGCUACCUAAACACGACACGGGGCCUAGUCAGAAUACUUCCACCUAGUCACGGGCAUUUUAACUCUCAAAUGGAAACUUGAAAAUAGAUGGAACUGUUAUAAUGUAUGUAUUGUAUGUAUGUAUGUAUGUAAGUAUAAUAAUUUAGUUUCCCUUAAAGUGUUUUAUUAGACAGGGGUGUUCACAUGUUCUCUGUAUUUCAUUUGAGUAUGUCUGCUCGUGAGUCACAUGUUCCCGGCGGUUCACACGUAGUCUGUCUUUCACUGUACCCUCUCAGUUCCGUUUUCAAUAGGGAUGGCAGGAUGUUUGUUUAUGUUUGUGUUUAUGUUUGUGUUUAUGUUUAUGUUUGUGUUUAUGUUUUGCUUGAUUGUAAGCCUCUCAGAGAGGUCACGAGACGUCACAUGGGUGAUCAUGUGCCUGGGAAGUGUUCCCACUAGCAAGGUGGAGAAUAAAUAGACGGUCUCUGUGUGUAUAGUUAACAGGUGCAAGACCUCCUCUCUCGGCUGGGUUGAUGCCUCACCUGUGGGCAAGGCUAAUCAAUUAGGUACACUCGUCUAGGCUAAUGCUAACUCCCUGCUAUGGGCCAGGCUGUUGGCUAGGCUAACUCUGAGUUAGGUACACUCAACCGUGUGUUAAGUCAUCACGUACCUUUGAGAUAGGCUAAUUCUAACUCCCUGCUAUAGGCCAGGCUAAUGUUAAUGCUCACCUGUGGGCUAGGCUAAUGAGUUAGGUACACUCGUCUAGGCUAAUGCUAACUCCCUGCUAUGGGCCAGGCUAAUGUUAAUGCUCACCUGUGGGCUAGGCUAAUGCUAACUCCCUGCUAUGGCCCAGGCUAAUGUUAAUGCUCACCUGUGAGUUUGGCUAACAGCGAAGCAACUGGUAGAGAGCAUCUGUCUGAAAACGAAGCCCUUCUAUGAUUGCUGUAGCCGCUCCAGUUUGAGCUGUGAGAGUGUGUGGAGGGUUGUUGGGUUGUGUGAAGUUUGGGUUAAGAGGGUGUGUGGAAGUGUUUUGGAGUGUGGCAAGCUAAGCUGUGACCUGAGUUGGGAGAUGUGUUGGUGUAUGCAGAGGAUUGUGAGUCAGAUUGAGUGUCAUUUUGUGUGUGUGUGUGUGUGUGGGUGCAUGCACUUGUGUGCACCAUGAUGCUGUGUUCAACCAGAAUGUAAUAUAUUUGUAACCCCUACAGUCCUGUAGAAUUAAAUGGGCAUGGCGGACAA